AUGGGGAACAAGUGGUAUAUAAAAGAGAUCCUGUGGUCGCACGUCGGUAGAGCUUUCAACCUGAACAUUCACAAAGCCAGCAACAGUCUUCUCUUUAGCUUCUCAGUACUGGAAUCAUACUCUGAUCUCAACUUCUUAUUGGCAUAUUACAAUAUCGAUACGAAAGAUUAUUCAGUCAUAGCGGGAAUACCAGACGGCUGCGCUGUGGCUAUAGAUCAGAAAAACGAUGAAAUAUUCCUCGGUGGCAGUGAUGGAAUCUAUAAAUACAAUAUGAUAACGAAGAUUGCCGAUUUUCACAAAGAAAAAGGCAAGAACAUCUGGAAUCUUUUCUUCAAGAGGAACUUGUUCUACAUAAACUAUCCGGAUCAACAGCUGUAUAUGGAGAUAGAUGACAAGUUCGCCAAAGUAAAGGAAUUCGAAGCCACGCAGAUAGAUUACUUUCACAUAUGCAAUAAUAAUGACAUAAUUUAUGCUAACAAAACUGGGCUGUAUAAAUUUGAGAACGGUCCGUCUAGAGCAUACGCGAUAAAUGAACUAAUUUCGGUGAGACAGAUAACUGAAGAUAUAGAAGGAAAUGUGUAUGUUUGCUCCAAUAUUGGAAUAUUUCGCUACGAUAAGGAGAAGCUCCACAAAAUAUUAGAUAUAAGAAAUCUGCAUGGUCUAGCUUUCGAUAGAGACAACAGCUUAAUCGUGUCGGAUGAAAAACGUAUUUUUAAGUUGGUCGAAAGUCAUAUCGGUUGUAUAGAAGAAGAACAGUGGUAG